AAAUAUUUAUCUGUUUGUACGAGAGGGUCGCGGUUUGUGUCCAUUUACCCAAACACACGCUGUCCAACAAUUUGAAUCGUGAGGUGGAGUUGCCGUGAAUACUCUGCCCUUUCCCUCGGCGGAAUGUCUGGGCCCGGCGCAUGGACGCCAACUUUGUAGUACUAGUAGUACUCCAAUAAUGGGGCUGUGGCCAUCGCGUCUCGGGAGGAGAUCGAGAUGAGGGAUCCGGAAGCGCCCUCGCUGGUGAGGCUGCCGGAGCAUGUCGUGCUGGAGAUCCUGGCGCGCGUGCCCGGCGUCGCCGACCUCUUCCGCUGCGCGGCCGCGCGCAAGCGCUGGCGCGACCUCGUCACCGAGCCGUCCUUCCUGCGCCGCCGCUGGCCGGAGGGCGCGUGCCACUGCUCCUCCCUCGUCGGCUUCCUCGGCCGGGAGCGUCGCCAGGGCGGGGAAGGGCCGCCGGGCUCCAGCUUCGUCCGCGCGCCGUGGUCGGUCCUCGGCCCCGGUCGUCCCCUGCUUGGCUCCUUCGUCCCGGGCGCCGCUGGCCUCUUGGACGACCGCGUCGUGCCGCUCGCCUCGCACCGCGGCGCGCUCCUCGUGCGCUUCGGCGCCGAGGCGGAGGCGGAGGCAGAGGCGGAAUCGGGGCCCGCCGUCGACCGCCUGGCCGUCUGCAACCUACUCUCGGGCGCGUGCCACGUGCUCCCCCCGCUGCGCUGCGACUGGUUCUUCGACUACUUCGGCACAAGCGCCCACGCCGUCCUCACCGGCGCGGACUGCUGCCCCGACGACGGCCAGCGGCAAGCGCUAGACCCGGCCUCCUUCAAGGUGCUGGUCGUCGGCGUCAGCGACGACCGGCGGCGCUACGUUCUCCGCACGUUCUCCUCCGGCGAGCCGGGCUGGAGCGCGCCCAGCGAGUGCUUCGAUCCGGUAGAGCGCGGCAUCUUCGGGCCGUUCAAGCGGCGCAGCGCCGUCGUGAGCCACGGGACGGCGCACUGGGUCCUGUGGGACCUGGUGAAGUUCCACGUCCUCGACGUGAACGCCGCGAAUCGCCACGCCUCCUUGCAGGAGCUACAGACCCCGCCGCCGGCGGGCGACCUCGCCCUGUACGAGUCGCCGCAUCUGAGCGUGGCACCGAACAAGGCGGCGACGCUGUCGUCGCUUUGCCUGUCGAGCCAGGACCCCCAGGUGGAGAUCUGGACGCGGCAGGACGGCGGCAAAGGGAGCGACGAGGAUUGCGGCGGAGACUGGCGCCGGGAUAGGGUGGUCGAGAUGACGCCCGAGCAGAAUCAGAUCGUCGACAGGCCAAGGUGCAUGUGCACCGGAGACAGGAGCGGCACGCUGUUGAUCACUGACCGGUGCCGGUGCAUGUACAUCUUGCAUCUGGAAAGUGGCGCCAUGGAGGAGGUGACGGACCACCUCCGUGGCCUCCGCGACUACAAGACCGCCAUGGCCGUCGAGAUAGAUUGGCCGGCCUUCUUCGUCUGUCGGCUUCUUGGUGGAAAGGCACAUGUUUAAUUUGAAGAGAGAAUUGCUCUCUCAUGGGCGUAUCUGCCAGGAGCCGACCUGGCUGUGUUAAUUCGUGUUAAUUAUGUUCGAGAUCGCAACCAGCUUUCUGCAACCGCCAAAAGCUACUGUGCUCUGUAUAUGUUGAAUUGGUGAUCCCUCGCAAGAAAAAUUAGCAAGAGUACCCCACGCAAUUGCAUGCAUAUGCAUACGAAUAAGUGAAAAUUGAUGUCAACUGGUUA